AUGCCUACUGUUAAAACUUUAAUUGUUGUAGCUGUUAAAAGAAAUUGGCCACUUUUCCAACUAGAUGUUAAUAAUGCUUUCUUGCAUGGGGACUUAGAUGAAGAAGUUUUUUUGAAGCUCCCACUUGGUCUUUCAGUAUCUACUACAUCUUCUGCUUCUACUUCCCCUUCUUUGGGUUCUGGUGAUGUCUUAGUACUCUUAGUGUCAUAUAUUAAUGAUAUCAUCAUCGCUGGGACAGAUCUGUGUGAGAUUGAUGCUGUGAAAAGCUUCCUCCAUGAUCAAUUUAAGAUUAAGGAUUUAGGCCAUCUUAACUAUUUUCUAGGUAUUGAAGUGUUGUAUUCUGAGGGUGGGGUGUUGCUGCAUCAGAAAAUAUUUGUGCAUGAUCUCCUCAAAGAGUUCCACUCCUAUGAUUGUUCUUCAGUUAUAUCUCCUCUUGAGAUGCAUGGCAAGCUGCAGGCUGAUCAUGGUGAUCCUCUGCUGAAUUCUGAGACUUAUAGGUAUUUAGUAGGUAAACUAAAUUUCUUAACCCAUACAAGACCUGAUAUUUGCUUUGCAGUGCAACAUUUAAGUCAGUUUAUGCAGAAGCCUUGCCUUCCUCACAUGCAAGCUGCUUUACGUUUGCUCAGGUAUCUCAAGGGUACUCUUGAUUUUGGGGUUUUCUAUAAUAAUUCUCCUAAUCUUUCUCUCAGUGUAUAUUGUGAUAGCGCUUGGGGUUCUUGCCCGGACAAGGCCGAAUACAGGUCUAUGAGUAAGGCCAUUGCUGAAAUCACUUGGGUUUGCAGGUUUCUUUCAGAUUUUGGUGUUGUCUUUUCUUCUCCUGUUACUCUGUUUUGUGAUAACCAGGCAUCCAUCCACAUUGAUAAGAACCCUGUCUUCCAUGAGCGCACCAAGCAUAUUGAGUUGGAUUGCUAUUUUGUUCGCACAAAGUUGAAUGAAGGUCUGCUUUAG